GUCAUAACCACGUCUGCAAUCAAAUAUUGUUUUUGAAUUACGUUAUGAUGGGAUAAGAUCGAAGUAGAAUAAGAAACGUGUUUGAAGGGUUGUGCAUACUAUCGUUUACUACAUUAUACCGGAUAUAAUAUAACGAUCUACUGUUAGAUUUUAAUAGGAAUUCUAUUAAUUUAAUUAUUUUAUAAAGUAAUUUAAUAAACAUGAAUUGGUCUGUUUUUCUAUAUACACUAUCUGCUGUAAUUUUGACCAUAUCCGCAGAAACAUGUCAAAAACCAGAAGUUGUAGCAUCGGCAUAUGUAACAGAAGAUGCUACUGUUCUUACUAAUGUAGCUUUUACAACACAAUUCGUAUUAAAAUGCAGCAAUGGUGUGAAAGGAAUUCCAUUGUAUGCAGAAGUUGAAGGAAAAGCUUUACCUGCUGUAAGAUUAAGUGCAGAUAAUAAAUAUCAGGUUUCUUGGACAGAAGAAAUAAAAAAUGCAAGAUCUGGAGAUUAUAGUGUUAAGCUUUAUGAUGAAGAAAAAUAUGCUGCUAUUCGUAAAGCUUAUAGAAAUGGAGAAGAUCCUAGUAUAGUAAAACCACUAGCUGUAGUUGUACUUAAUAAUCCAGGUAUUUAUCUUGGACCAUGGAUUAACUCUGAAUUUUUGGCAGCAUUUUUAGCUGCUCUUGUUUCAUAUGCUGCAUUCUCAGCUAAAUUUAAACUUCUUGCAUAGU